AUGUUGAGCAUAAGUGAAGCCCUUGUAGCAGUGGCUGUAUUUCUUCUAAUUACGCAGUUUUUAAAGUUGCAGCGAGUGCGGAAACGGUUUCCUCCCGGACCAGUCCCUCUCCCAAUCCUUGGGACACUGAUACAGCUGAACUUUCAGUUUAAUCGUGAUCUUCUCAUGCAGCUGGCAAAAAUUCAUGGCAACAUCUUCACCUUAUGGUUUGGAUGGGCCCCAGUGGUUAUACUGAACGGAUUUCAAGCAGUGAAGGAUGGCAUGACCACACACCCUGAAGAUGUUUCUGGCAGGCUGGUAUCACCUUUCUUCAGAGCAAUGGCCAAAGGAAAAGGGAUUAUGUUGGCAACUGGUCACACCUGGAAGCAGCAGAGGAGGUUUGCUCUGAGGACUUUACGCAACCUUGGUCUGGGGAAAAGAGGUCUGGAGUACCGAGUGCAAGAAGAAGCUCACUACCUGGUAGACUUCUUUGCAAGUAUGAAAGGGAAACCUGUGGAUCCUUCUUUCCCUCUGGUCCAUUCUGUCUCAAAUGUAAUUUGUGCUGUCGUGUUUGGACAUCGUUUCUCCAGAGAGGAUGAGGGCUUUCAUGAGCUGAUCAAAGCUACAGAACAUCUCUUCAAGUUUGGGGGAAGUUUUAUCCAUCAUCUCUAUGAAAUCUUCCCCUGGCUGAUGAGCCGCCUCCCUGGGCCUCACAAGAAGGCGCUGGCUUGCUAUGAUGUCCUGAGCAACUUCACACGGAGAGAGAUCCAGAUGCACACAGAGCGUGGGGCACCAGAGGAGCUGCAGGACUUCAUUGACUUCUACCUGGAUCACAUUGAAAAAUCCAAAGAUGAACCCAGGUCAACAUACAAUGAAGACAACAUGGUUUAUUCUAUAAACGACCUUUUCUUGGGUGGAUCAGAGACAUCAAGCACUACUUUGAACUGGGGCCUUCUCUAUAUGGUGGCAAACCCAGACAUCCAAGAGAAGGUGCAGAAGGAGCUGGAUGCUGUUCUGGGUCCCUCCAAGGUAAUCUGCUAUGAGGAUCGGAGAGAGCUGCCCUACACAAACGCUGUGAUCCAUGAGAUCCAACGCUUCAGCAACAUCAUUUCAGUUGGCAUGCCCAGGGUGUGUGUGAGGAACACAACCUUGCUUGGCUUUCCCCUCAAAAAGGGCACCAUAGUUCUUCCAAAUAUUGCUUCAUCUUUGUAUGACCCAGAGCAGUGGGAAACACCUCGACAGUUCAACCCUGGUCACUUCAUGGAUAAGGAUGGAAACUUUGUGGCUCAAGAAGCCUUUUUACCAUUCUCAAUAGGGCACCGGGUGUGUUUGGGGGAGCACUUAGCCAGGACCGAGCUGUUCAUUUUCUUUGCCAGCCUGCUGCGGGCGUUCACCUUCCGCCUGCCCGAGGGAGUGACCACGGUCAGCACGGAGCCCGUCAUGGGGGGCACUCUGCAGCCCCACCCCUACAGGCUCUGUGCCAUCCCACGCUAG